AUGAUUACUGUACCGAAGAAGAUUAUUGAUCAUCGAGCGGCAUGUCUGUCGUCAGUGCUGUGUUGCUUUGUUUUGACGUUUCAGUUGCAAUUACUGCUGAAUAGUACUCUUUCAAGAAAUAUAAUUGCGAAUUAUUUUCCAAGUUUGUUUUUGAUCUCGUUCCUUGUGUCGGGUACAAGAACUCGUACAAGAGCACCGGUACAGGAUCUGCGCAACCAUUUCCGUGCCUGCCAACAUCCACACUUAUUUUUUAUGGUGAUUUCAAGACAUUCUCUUUACACGUGUGGUCAGCGACCCAGCUCUUAUGGUGUACCCAGGGGUACAGUGCAUGAAGUAGGGUUGUGGACAAGGGAGAAUUCGCAUCCACAUCCCCAGACUUUCUGCUCCUCUUUCCUCUCUCUCCAGCCCUCCGCCUCUCGAGGAACACACCGCUACCCGCUUCAACCAGCAAACUGGCAACUCCUCCCAAACAUGUCUGUAGGAAAGCUUUUCCGGCUGACGUCCAAAAAUAUUUUCACCAAUCUCGCCGCCGAGGAGCGUCUCUUCCAACGCACGGCCAACAAAUCCUUGCUCUUCUACGUCAACUCGGACAGCGUCGUCCUGGGGCGAACGCAGAACCCCUUUAAAGAAGUUGACGUGCGUUAUGCUGCCGCCAACUCCAUCCCCAUCGCCCGUCGCCGCUCGGGCGGCGGCACAGUUGUGCACGACGAGGGCAACCUCAACUUCUGCUUUGUCCGACCCAGGGAGGAGCACGAGCCCUUGUCGAACGCAAGGUUAGUCGCUAGCGUCCUCAGAGAGGACUUUGGCAUCAAGGCAGUUGUCAAUGACCGCGCGGAUAUCCUCGUUGAAGGCAUGAAAGUGUCAGGUGCUGCGUAUCGCCUAUCCCGGAAUCGCGCUUAUCAUCAUGGGACGUUGCUUAUACAUUCGGAUUUGGAGCGUCUGAAACGCGUACUGCGGAGUCCGUUGAGUGAAAAACUCACGGCAACGGGGACGAAGAGUGUUCCCUCACCAGUCACCAAUCUGAGCGACCAUUGCUCUGGUGGCAUUGAUACGGGUGCCGUUGUUGAUGCUAUUGCCGAUCGUUUUUCGAGGACGAAUGCAUUUGUCACGCUGCUCUCAGCGGAUCAAGUUGAGCGCCAGUAUGGUGGAAUGCAGGCUGAGAGAGGCGAGCUUUGCAGUCAUGGCUGGGUGUACGGGAAGAUACCGCGCUUUUCUUUUGAUAUCGGUGUCGGCGGAGAUGAGAUAAGCAUUGCUAUUGGAAAAGGAGCUAUUGUUUCAGAAGUGUCAGUGAAAGGGGCCGAUUCCAAUGAACACGAUCGACGGACUUUGGAAUUGGCAUCAUUUUUGACAGAUUGUUUUGCAAAUCAGCCUUUCGAUGGGAAGCAUUUGGCUCACAGGAUUCGAGACAGCGCGCUGCCGCAGUAUGUUGGCAUUGAUGGAGAAGUGAAAGAGAGUCUGGCAAGGGAUGUCCGGAAGGAGAUACCAUGCCAAUUUUGGAGGGACGAGGGACACGGCCUCGAUAGCGAAUGA